GAGACAGAUGAAGACAUAUUAUUGUUAAUGUCAACAGGCCUACAAGCUAUCUUUCUCAGAUUACAAGUAAAUACUUUGUUUCUGGCGUCAUCUCUCUUGUCAGGUUAGCGUAAAAUUCUCUGUUUAGGAUGUUACUUGUUUAUUUGUGGCUAUAAGGGUGCACGAAGGUGAUCAUUGUAUAAGUGUUUGCUAUUUGUUAGAAAAAAAAGGAGAGUUGAUCAUGGAGGGUGAUAAUGGCAGAUUGAGUAUAGUGAUGUUGCCGUAUGUAGCCCAUGGUCACAUCUCUCCCUUCUUAGAACUAGCUAAACACCUCGCGAAAAGAAGAUUUGAAAUUUAUCUUUGUUCUACACCUAUCAACCUUGCUUCUAUCAAGGACAGAGUUCCUGAAAAUGAUCAUAUUCAACUAGUAGAGCUGCAUCUUCCAUCUUCUCCGGACCUGCCUCCUCAUUAUCAUACCACGAAUGGCCUUCCGUCCAAUCUCAACAUAAUCCUGCAACAAGCUUUAGUGAAGGCAGCUCCAAUCUUCAGUGACAUCCUCAAAGACAUAAAACCUGAUUUGGUUAUCUAUGAUUUCAUGCCUUCAUGGCCUGCAGAGGUUGCGUUGUCACUGAAUAUUCCAGCUGUAUUUUUUUCAGUGAGCGCAGCAGCAACCUCUUGCCUAGGCUUUCAUUUCUACAAAAAAUCAGGUGAAAAUUUCCCGUUCCCUGAAAUGGCUCUUUCUUCUAUUAACCAACCUAAACCUCCUGAAAAUGCCAUCAUGUCACUUCGUGCCUUCAUCUCAUGCUUUGAACGAUCAUGCAACGUUGUUUUGGUUAAGAGCUUUAGACAAAUUGAAGGGAAGUAUAUUGAUUAUCUAUCGGAUCUGUUAGAAAAGACUAUAAUCACUGUUGGUCCACUUGUUUAUAGUCCAGCCGAAACUGGAGAUGAUAACACGAAUCAUAUCAUGAAAUGGCUAGACAACAAAGAGAAAUCUUCGGUAGUGUUUGUGUGCUUUGGGAGUGAGAAUUAUUUGUCUGCAGAAGAAGUGAUAGAGAUGGCAAAUGCGCUAGAGACAACCAAGUGUAAUUUCAUUUGGGCUGUGAGAUCUGCACAAGGAGAGGAAAAAGAAUCUGUACAAUUACCAGAUGGCUUCGUCGAAAGGGUGGGAGAUCAGGGCCUUAUUCUAGAGUGGGCACCGCAGACAAAAAUUUUGGGACAUUCAAGCACUGGUGGUUUCUUGAGUCAUUGUGGAUGGAGCUCACUGACUGAAACCAUGAAAUUUGGGGUGCCUAUUAUUGCCAUGCCCAUGAAAGUGGAUCAGCCUAUGAAUGCUAAGCUUGCAGUGGAGAUUGGGAUUGCUAUGAUGGUGAGGAGAAACAGUGAAGGAAAAUAUAAAAGAGAUGAGAUUAGUGAUGCUAUACUAAAAGUUUUGGUGCGCGAAAGUGGGGAAGGUGUGAGGAGGAAAGCUAGAGAGUUGAGCUUGACUAUGAAGGAGGAAGGAGAUGAAGAUUUGGACAAUGCAGCGGAGAAAUUGGUGCAGAUUUGCAGGAGGAAGGAAAUAGACUAGCUGUGGUUGUGAACUCUUUCUUUUAAGAAGUUUUUGCAGUUGUGUAAUCAAAGUUGAAUAUUAAGGGAUUCAAUGUGAUCAGCUAGUUGCUGAUUGGUAUCAGAUAUCAGGCUUAGUUUCAUAUGAGCCUGAAGAAUGAGAGCUUAAUGAGGCUUAACAGGAUGCAAUUUGAAUGAACAAAUUCUGUAACAAAUCCUUUCAAAUU